AUGGAGGGGUUGGCAGGCCUUUGGUCCCCUGAGGACCGGGACCCGCCACAGGGGCCAGGGGAUGACCGAGAGCGCCUUGGCAGUGCCGCAAGCUUGCCACGGGAUGCUUCAGACGAGGCAGUGGUGCACGCAGAAAGGAGGAGCACAGGGAGGUAUCGCUGUGGGGGAGAUGAGGUGACGAGCGGUUACGUUUUCGGAGAGAAGAGGAGCCCGCUUCUUGGAAACUGCUCGGCUGGCUGGAUUCACUUGCUGCUGCCGCUUACCCUGCGUGGCUGAGCCCUCUCAGAGGAAGUGGGGGGCUGCCGGCUGGUUGCUUCUCGGGGCUACAUGUUAGCUUUCUGCUCAGCUUUUUUUUCUGGGUACUAGUGGAACAUGGUGGGAGAGAUGCUUUUAGGGUGCAGUUUUACAGUUGUUAAAGCUAGUGCUGCCUUCCUGCUCUUUCAUUCCUAUGCCUGUCCCUGUAUUGGCUCCGAUGCUUAUAAAAUUGUUCCUUCUGCUUUAUGCAGAAAGAUAGAAUAAAUGCUCUUAAUGUCUUUUGGACAGACACUUAAAACUGUGGUUGUGCUUAUAUUUUUGUUUCAGAUGGACCCUACUAGAAUUUCAAAAGAACACGCACACUGUGUCAGAACACUUUUUGGACAUCAAGAAAAUACAGAUUUGCAUGAUACAUCCUUUGAAAAUCAAGAAGCGAAGUUAAUGCCAGAAUCAUGUAGAAGCAUGAAACAGGCUCUCCAAAGAGCUGUGCAGAAGGAAGUCCAGCGUGUCAUGGGAAGAGCACCACCAAGACCAGAAAAAGCUGCAAUGGAGGCAUUAGGAAUGGAUCUGUACAAGAGAAACAAACCCGAGAAGCUGCCUUUUGCCCAUCUCAUUAUUGAUGAUAAGAAUAUUCCAUCUGGAACUCGCAAAGUGAACCUCACAUCCUGGCAUCAUGACAAAGGCCAGGCAAACUUAUCAAAUAUGACAUUCAAUGAUGGAAAGCUAAUUGUUAUUCAAGAUGGAUUUUACUACCUUUAUGCCAACAUUUGUUUUAGACAUCAUGAAACUUCAGGGAACCUGACUAAAAGAGGCCUUCAGCUGAUGGUGUAUAUGACCAAGACAAACCUUAAAAUAAGGCGCUCUGAUGUGUUGAUGAAGGGAGGAAGCACCAAAUACUGGUCAGGGAAUUCAGAAUUUCAUUUUUAUUCUGUCAAUGUAGGAGGGUUUUUUAAGUUAAAAUCUGGUGAAAUGAUAAGUAUCCAGGUAUCAAACCCAUUGCUACUGGAUUCAUCACAAGAAGCAACUUACUUUGGGGCGUUUAAAGUACGGGAUUUAGACUGA